AUGUCGCGCAUCUCAGCUUUCGAGGCUCUUCCGACCGAGCUAACCGAGGAAGUCGCCGGAUACCUGAACUCCAGGGAUUGUUGCAGUCUCCGCCAGGCAUCGCUGAAACUUUACUUCAAAGCCGACUACAUAUUCCGCAAACAUUGCACCCACGUGCAGGUUGAUUUCGACCAGGUCCGCCUGGCCCAACUGUGCACGACAUCUCAGAACACAGGCAUGGCCAGAGCAGUAAAGAUACUGACCAUCGUGGUGCCUGACGAGGUCAGGAAAGGAGGUAAAAAUGCCGGCUUGCUCCACGCAUGCAUGAACGGACAAGCCAAAAACACGGUAAAUGAAGAAAUCCAGGCCGCUGUGGACAACAGCUGCUGCAGCACUGGGGCGUGCGGGUCCCUCCUGACCAAGUCGCUCAGGCAGAUGGUCAACGUCACAGACGUGAGGAUCACCGGCAAUUAUCUCGACAUGGCACACAUCAAGUGCAGCGGCAUGUCUCUGAUCCCCUGCCGCUCCAGAGACACCCGCCACCGCGCCGUGCCCGCCAUCCUGAACGCCGUCAGGAACAGCGGCAUCACCACGCCAAUCAGCCUCUCCAUAACCGAGCUCACCCGCCGCCGCGACCACCACCCCGUCAAGAAGACCCACGACACCUCCCCCCGCUGCUUCAAUCCCCUCCCCGAACUCGACGCCGCCGCCCUCACCAACGUGCACCAACUCCGCCUCGGCCUCGGCGGCCGCCGCCUGCCCAAGCGCGUCUACCUCGACGACGUCGCCGCGCUCCGCCACUCGCUCCCACUCACCCCGACACUAACACUGCUCGAGCUCAGCGGACCGCACCCGGGCCUGCUCAACAGCGCAUUCGAGCUCAUGGCCGACGACGCGGGCUACACCGCUUUCCCGGCCCUCCGCUCGCUGCGCCUCGCCGACGACGCGACCGUCGACGGCGUGCAGCUGGCCGUCUGCCUGCAGGCGCUGGUCCCGCAGCUAGAAGAGCUGUCCCUCGUCGGCCUCGCGCUGGCCGACGACGCCAUGCACUGGAUCGACGCGCUGCGCUGCAUCCGCGUCAACCUGAGCUCGCGCUUGCAGCGCUUCCGCUUCGCGCGCAAUGCGCAUGCCGGCCAGCUGCUGCAAAGCCACGCGCUCACGCUGUGGGAUGCGGACGGCGACGGCGUCGCGUGCGUGCGGGAUGUCGAUGUCGCGCAGUUUGGGAAGUGGGCGCGCUGGAUGUUUGAGGAUGUGGAGGAGUGGGUUGCGGUGUUCGCGCUUGAUGAUGAUGAUGGGGAGGCGUUUGAGGAUGUGGCGGCGCGCGUGGGUGGGGUUGGGGCCGCGAUCGAUGUCUUGAUUCAGGGGUAUUACGAGGCGCUGGAGUCGCUGGAUGAGUUUCUGUUUUACUGUUUGCUUUAG